GUGUCGUCACACUACUCUCUUGUUUCAAGCAGCGCUCGCCGGACGCACGCUCCAUUCAUCCUCACGUCUUUAUCUGCCGGUGAACGCGACCGGCGUUGUGUUUUAAGUUGUCUUUAGCCAAGCAUGUCAGGCUCAACUUCCCCGCCUCCCUCGGCAGAGGUUCUGGGAGCCGAGGGCUGUUUCCCCCCUGGAUACAAGCCUUUCAAACCCGAGGACCACGGCCUGGAGCGCGGCUUCCGUCUCACAGCGUUCUCGGACCUGAAGGGAUGAGGCUGCAAGGUCCCGCAGGAGGCUCUGCUCAAACUCCUGGCGGGACUGGAGGCGGACCGGGCCGACGGGACGGGGAAGGCCGGAGACCAAGCAUCAGAGUUCGGCCAACAACUGCCCGGCCCUCGGCUCGGCGUAGGGAUGGACUGCUGUGUGAUUCCACUGAGGCAUGGAGGGCUCUCACUGGUCCAGACCACGGACUUCUUCUAUCCUCUGGUGGAGGAUCCGUACAUGAUGGGCAGGAUAGCGUGCGCUAAUGUCCUCAGUGAUCUCUACGCCAUGGGCAUCACAGAGUGUGACAACAUGCUGAUGCUACUGAGUGUCAGCCAGAAGAUGAACGACAAGGACCGUGAGCGGGUGAUGCCACUGAUUAUUCAAGGGUUUCGUGAUGCAGCAGAGGAGGGGGGGACUUCUGUGACGGGUGGCCAGACCGUGAUCAACCCCUGGAUCAUCGUUGGAGGAGUAGCAUCCGUCGUCUGUCAGCCUAAUGAGUUCAUCAUGCCGGAUGGUGCUGUACCAGGGGACGUCCUGGUUCUAACCAAACCUCUGGGGACACAGGUGGCUGUGAAUGCUCACCAGUGGCUCGAUCAGACUGAAAGGUGGAAUAAGAUCAAGCUAGUCGUCACAAAGGAGGAAGUCAAAGAGGCCUACCAGGAAGCCAUGUUCUCCAUGGCAACGCUAAACCGCACAGCGGCCGGCCUAAUGCACAAGUUCCAGGCUCACGCUGCCACAGACGUGACAGGUUUUGGGUUGUUGGGACAUGCAAACAACCUGGCAGCACAGCAACGAAACGAGGUGGCCUUCGUGAUCCACAACCUACCAAUCAUAGCCAAGAUGGCUGCCAUCAGUAAAGCCUGUGGAAACCUGUUCAACCUGAUUCAGGGCACGUCAGCAGAGACUUCUGGCGGGUUGCUGGUGUGUCUACCCAGAGAGCAGGCGGCCAAGUUUUGCUCUGAGAUGAAGAGCCAGAGCUCGGCAGCCGGAGGUCAGGGAGCAGCGGGUGGAGCGUGGAUAAUCGGAAUCGUAGAGAAAGGCGACCGCCACGCUCGCAUUAUUGACAAGCCGCGCAUUAUCGAGGUUCCACCACGAGGAAGCCAGGCAGCCAAUCAGGAAAACAACUCCGCCAGCCCCGCUCCCAGCCCCAAUCUGUCAUAGACACUGGUUGUGUGUGUGUGUGUGUGUGUGUGUGUGUGUGUGUGUGUGUGUGUGUGUGUGUGUGUGUGUGUGUGUGUGUGUGUGUGUGUGUGUGUGUGUGUGUGUGUGUGUGUGUGUGUGUGUGUGUGUGUGUGUGUGUGUGUGAGAUAUGUUUAUGUUGCUAUUCUUUCAUCCCGUCAAAAUGCUGAAAGCACAGAGACCAUAAUCACUGUCAUCUUUUCCAGCGGGAGAACCAAUGGACAGCAUCCACUAUUUAACCGUCUUUGGAGAGAGCUGGGCCUACCCUUCAACAUCUUGGCUUUAAAUGUUAAUUCAGGGUAGUGUGCUGUGAUACUCCUCCCCUGUUUUAUUUAGAUUGGCAUUUAAUAGACCUGCCUUUCCUUUUUCCCCUUUCAUAAUGCUCAUAGACAACUCAUCUGAAAUGACUUUCAAUUCUAAAGAGUAAACAUUCCAAAUCUUUCUUGCAAGUCAAUAAUGCAAAUUGCGUGUAAAUGUGGGUGUUUGAGUAUUUUAUCAUGUGACUGGGGUCCUUUGCUGUGGGGAAGUGGAACAGAGGUGUUUACUUUUCUUGAAAUCUUUUUUUUUUUUUGGAGUGGAUGAUGUUAAUAUUAUUCAUGUUGGUGAAUGUAUCAUAUGGAAAAGAAAUGGUUAAUCGCUUCUGGCUCUGCCCACACGGCCCGGAGGAAGGCUUGAGCAGCUUCCUUUGGACCAGCUGGGUGGUGUUCAGAAGUAUGUCUGUGUCAGCUGAUUGGCUGUCCAGCACCAAGUCCCUCCCACCCUUCCUUUUUAUGAAGCUCCACCUCUAAACCCCAGCCAACGGGGGCAGGUGGAGCAGAUGUUUGCCUUUGGAUUGGGGUCGGGCUCAGGCUGCUGGAGGUCUAAAGCUGUCUGUGUUUGUAGAUUUCCUGCUUUUCACAAUCAAUAAAAUCAUCAUCAACUCACAAUGAAA